AGAUCUUGCAACAAUGAGGCACCCCAGCGACACCUGGACAAAACCAAAAUUGGGGAAUCCGGGAAUCCAGGAGCCGAUGGGUGGGAAACGGGCAAAUCGUCGGACAAGACUACUGUACUGUUCUAGCUCUCGUAGGGUUGUGUUGUGUUCGGCUGACGCAGAAUUUCCCGCUGGUGCUUGCUGCUUCUCGCCGCGCAUCGAAACCCGGAUCCCCCAAUCCUGCUUUGACCUUGGCGCAGCAUGAUUCGGCUCCACGCUGAGGAUUUGACCAGGCUAAACGUGAUCAUGCGUCUUUCGGAAUGUGAUGAUCACCUUCUGAGGUCCCUGAUCGCGGUCAAUGGGAGACCCAGUGGGGACCUGGUAACCUGCAGACCAGGGGUAGGGC